AGAGUACUUUGAGUUGAGAACCUUUCACGGGCUCCUUAAUCCCGUUUUUGUUGGAUAGUGUUUUUCAAUUCCCCAGGCUCGAAUGUUAUGUACUCAUGCUAACUUGAAAUUCAUUUGACAGCGAAAAACAUCAAAAUUCUGCCAUGGCAGCUGAGGGGCACAAUGUUGAUGCAAAUCUGGUGGACAUGCGACCAAAUCAUGGUCAUUAUUUUGUGAAGAAGACGUUCGGAAAGCCAGCUUAUUGCCAUCACUGUUGUGACAAAAUAUGGGGCAUGUUGACGACCGGAUACAGCUGCGAAAUGUGCAACUUCGUUUGUCACGAAAAGUGCCUGCGAACCGUUGUUUCCUACUGCAGCAGUGUAGCGUUGCAACUGAUCAAAAACCCGGUGGCACAUACGUGGUCGGCUCCCUGUUUGAUUAAAAGGAAGUACUGCUGCGUUUGCCGAAAACGAACCGAUGAUGCGUUGUCCGUCGAGUGUGAAGUUUGCGAGUACUACGUUCAUGUUGACUGCUCGGAUCUUGCUGUGUCGGAUUGCAAGGAAGCGGCGACAUAUGUUGCGAAUAUGGAGAGUGCAAACACUGUCCAGUACCACCACAUGCGCGAAGGAAAUCUUCCAAAAGAAUCCAAGUGCAUUGUUUGCCGAAAAACGUGCUUCUCAACGGAAUGCCUUGCCGGAAUGCGAUGUGAAUGGUGUGGUCAGACGGCUCACGCGGUUUGCUAUCGACAAAUGGACAAGGAAUGUGACUUUGGAGUUUUACGGAAAAUCAUGCUACCACCAAUGUGCCUUACAAUACCUCGAACCGAGCUGCCGAUGGAGCAACUUCUGAAUAUCUCCUCUCAUGAUCAGCCACAGUCUCGUAAGGUAUCAUCGCCAUCAAAAAUUCAAGCGGAUGACGUCUCGACUUCUGGAGAAGACGUCAAAGAACGGGAAGAUUUUGAGAUUAUUCGAGUUUUUGACGGGAACAACUCAUAUCGAUCGCAGAUUUCGCGCAAUAUCGUAGUUGCCAAACACGUGUCGGUGCAACAAGUCCGCGACGCUGCUCUCCGCCGGUUUCACAUCAACGAUACACCCGAAAGAUAUUAUAUUACUCAAGUGGUCGGCGAGGUUGAGGAGGAAAUCCUCGAGGACCCGGUCCCAUUGCGCAAUGUAAAGCGUCCUGAGGGAAAACGUGCUCAAAUAUUUAUUAGAUAUUAUGAUGAUCCGGAUAAAGACGAGGUGAAAGUGUACGGAGGGUGGUUGCGUAAAGUUCCAGUCACGUUCUGCGCGAUCUCGGUCAGUAAGGACACAGUUGUGCAGGAUUUGGUCACUGAUGCUCUGUAUCACUUCGGGCUUGAUGGUUCGUGUUGGAAUCGGUACAAUCUCAUAGAAGUCUCCCUCGAUAGAGGAGUUGCUGAGAGAACAUGCAAUCCACAAGAGAAUGUUCUUCAGUUGGUCCGAAAUUUGAGAAAGGACUCCCUGCGGCGCUACCACGUUGUUCGGUUUUAUGUCCAAGAAAAAGAGGACCCUCAUGAUCAUGCGGUUUUUGUUGGAAACCUACCCGUGUCACUCGCACAGCGUCAAUAUGAACGAAUUCUUCUGAAACUUCUAGGUGCUAAAGAAAAACCAUUUACUGCAAUCGGGCCGAUCUACUUUGAAUACGGUAGUUUGAUUAUCACAUUCAACACACCCAAGGCCGCCACAGCAGCUGUUCAAAAGCUGCAAUCUGCAAUAUACGAGGAAAAGAAGCUGAUAGUUUUAUGUCUGCCAAAUGUUCAACCACAGAUGAUUCCAAAAGACGUUGAACCACUCCUUGUGCUAGUUAAUGUAAAGUCAGGAGGUUGCCAAGGAACCGAGUUAAUACAAUCUUUCCGCAAACUCCUCAACCCAUUUCAAGUUUUUGAUGUGUUGAAUGGAGGACCGUUGGUUGGAUUAUACGUGUUUCGCAACAUUCCAAAAUACAAAAUUCUUGCAUGUGGUGGAGAUGGAACAAUUGGAUGGGUACUGCAAUGUUUAGAUAUUGCUAAACAGGAUGCUGCUUGCUUUUCCCCGCCGUGUGGAAUCGUUCCACUUGGUACUGGAAACGAUUUGGCAAGAGUUCUCCGGUGGGGUGGUGGUUAUACCGGAGAAGAAAAUCCGAUGGAUAUUCUCAAGGAUGUGAUUGAAGCCGACACUGUGAAACUAGACAGAUGGGCUGUAGUGUUCCAUGAAGAAGAGAGAAAUCAGCCGACUUCGUCUGGAAAUCAAACGGAAAUGAACGAACAGACGAUGAAUAAUCCGGAGGAUCAAACUUCAAUGAUUAUCAUGAACAAUUAUUUUGGAAUUGGAAUUGAUGCAGAUGUUUGCUUGAAAUUUCAUAACAAGAGAGACGCGAAUCCGGAAAAAUUCCAAUCUCGACUAUUUAACAAAACACAAUAUGCAAAAAUUGGACUUCAGAAAAUGUUCUUCGAAAGGACAUGUAAAGAUUUAUGGAAACGUAUCGAAUUAGAGGUUGACGGUCGUAUAAUCGAAUUGCCAAACAUCGAAGGGAUUGUUGUACUGAACUUGCUCAGUUGGGGAAGUGGUGCAAAUCCGUGGGGUACAUCGAAGGAGGAGGGCAACUUUUCAAAGCCUACUCAUUAUGAUGGAUUGCUAGAGGUGGUCGGAAUAUCCGAUGUAUCACGCCUGGGACUCAUCCAAUCCAAGCUCGCCGCGGGAAUUAGGAUAGCUCAAGGUGGAAGUAUCCGAAUUACUACACAUGAAGAAUGGCCGGUUCAAGUUGACGGCGAACCUCAUAUCCAGCCACCGGGAACUAUCACAAUAUUGAAAUCAGCUUUGAAAGCACAAAUGUUGAAAAAAGCAAAAAAGUCGCGACGCGGAGGCGCCACAAAUGCCACAUCUCUAACUCAUCCGCAUCCGGAGACAUCCGAGUCAAUGUCAGGACCACUCGGAGUGCCAUCAACACUCGGCGACCCAAAUCAUGGCAAAACGACGCCCGACAAUACAGCUGCGGAUUCUGAUGAGGAAGGCGACGCUUUUCUCUGAAUGAAUACUCUUUCUUCUCUCUCUCUCUCUCUCUCUCUCUCUCUCUCUCUCUUUCAAUCUUUCAAUCAUUUUCAUCCUGUCCAUUGCGUUUUUUGCGGGCAAAUGUGGGCGAAACGGGUAAAAACGGGUAUCUAAUUAUACAUUUUAAAAGUUUCAACACUAUUUUUGUUGUGACCCUAAGUUUUCAAAGCCACGGAAGUUUUAUUAAUUUUUAAGCUAACACUUAUGAUUUCAAAAUUCUUGAAAAACUGUCAAUGAGUUAAUAAUUUUAGUUAGCGCAAUGAUAAAUUUGUCCAUGGCAAUUCUUAUUUUGGUCAGUGCCAUGAUAAAAAUGGUUAGUGCACUGAUAAAAUUAGUCAGUGCAAUUAUGAUAUUGGUCAGUGCAAUUAUGAAGUUGGUCAGUGCCCUUAUAAAUUUAAUCAGUUAAUUUAUCAUUAUGAUCAGAAUAUUUGAAUAUUUAUAAAUCAAAUAGUCCCAAUUUUUAUCCGUUUUGCUCCAUUCCAUUUGUUCUUAUAUUCAGAACCUCGUGAAACAAAUCGCAGAAAAACUUUUUUUUUCUUUAUUAUUUCAAGCAAAAUUAUUGCAAUCAUGAUCUCUUUCCACACAACUUUUUUAUAGUAUUUGUCUUGGCAUUGUCGUAAAUUUGAUGUUCUUCUUUUCUUUUGGUAUGUUAUUAUUUAAGUUCAGCUUUCAUCAUCAUGAAACAACUAGUAAAUUUUUUUAAAUUAAAAA